AUGUCCGGAUUACUGGUGACGCCGCGUCUGAGGGUGAAUCCAGGACGCCCCUCUUCCCGACUCCUGAGCCCAACUGCCAGUGAAAUCUUCUCUAAGCCAAAAUUUUAUACCAAUGAGAAGUUUAUCUCCAUCUUGUCUUCCAGUGACUGCGGCGAGGAGGUCCUAAGCUGUCAGUUUAACCCAUCGGGGACCCUGCUGGCAGCAGGACUCAUCACCGGCACCAUCAAGGUAUACAUGGUGUCUGAUGGAAGCUGUGUACACACUCUGAAGGAUGGGCAAUCGAUUACAGAUCAUCUUCCGGUCACAGCGCUCAGAUUCCACCCCAGCAGACCCAGUGCCAAGGGGGACCUGCUGCUGGCCACAUAUGCGGGGGGUCAGGUGAAGUUCUGGCACCUCUCCACCCAGAGCUGUGUGCGCUCCCUGCAGGAGGACAGACAGACCUUGUCGGCCACCUUCAGCCCCUCCGGCCGCCAUUUCCUAACAGCGGGAUCCGGCGACGAGAUCCUCGUGUACGACGCGGAGAACAUGAUGUGUGUGAACAUCUGCCAGCCCAGCCCUUCCCCGUCUGUGAUGGACGGUCACCGCUCUCGUAUCUUCGCUCUGAAGUUCCACCUGUACAAUGAGCGGAACUUCAUAUCUGGGGGCUGGGACAACACCGUCCAGUUCUGGGACAUCAGGCAGAGACAUUCCCUAAGGAGACUCUCGGGCCCCCAUGUGUGCGGAGAUGCUUUGGACAUCGAUCCGGACACAGAACAGAUUCUGAUUGGGUCAUGGAGGAAGGAGGAGAACCUGCAGAUCUGGGAUUCUCAGAGCGGACAGAAGAUCACCACCAUUCCCGACGAUUUUAGGGGUCCUUCCCGGAUUUAUGGCUGUCGCUGGCUGGGCGCUGGUCACAUGGUCGCAGCAGGAAGUGACAUCAACAUGUGCCGGAUUAUUGAUCGCAAUUCAUUCAUGACCCGGGGGACCCUGAUCGAUCUCCCUGGUGGAGUUUAUAGUCUGGACCUGUUCACUUCUGGUGCACCUCUCAUGGCCGUGACCUCCAGUCACAUGCUGUUCCUGCUCCGCCCUACUGGGAGCGCAUUUUCAUAA